AUGCAUGUCAAACGGGAAAUACAAACGGAUGAUAUACAACAGCACUGCCAAUUCCAAUCGAGUCAAUGCGAAACCGAAACUGGUGAUAUCUGCUCAAGAACUGUUCACGACGAUACCAUCAAUCUUUCUCAAAUUCCAUUGAAACGUGAAAGUCCCUUAGCACUUACAAAUUCUAGCAAAAGUCUCAAUAAUAAAAUUGCCAGCAUCCUUAAUAGCCCGACUGGCAAUAACGGUAAUUGUCCUUUAGUCUUCAGUUCGACGACCGAAACUAGCCGAACGACCGUCAGUUCCUGCAUCGGCGGCGCCACGGAUUUCUCAAUAGCAGCGAUAAUGGCGAGAGGCGGAAAUGCCUCGAGCCGCGAACCAUCGGAGAGGAGUUUGAGUCCAUUGUCACUUGAACGCUUUCCCGACGGCGAAGAUGAACCGGACGUUGAUGUGGUCGAUUGCAGCGACACUGAGUCAGCGGCGUCUGUAGCGCGUCAAGCGAGACACAGUGGAGCAGUGCCUAUUCAAAAGUCUCCAUUUAAACACCGUAUUAACUACAGCAACGACAGUGGAAACGGUGGUAGCAACCAUAACCACAGUUCCAGUAGCAGUCGAGGGAGAGCGUCUCCCCAAAGCCCAACCCAAACGGAGGAAGAGUGUUUGUCCCCGGAGCCAGCGAAGGUAAAACGCAAAAAUUCACCCAAGAUUGUUGGUUCCUGUAACUGUGACGAAUUACUGCCCAUUCAGUGUCACCUGGAGACCAAAGAGUUGUGGGAUAAGUUCCAUGAGCUAGGCACCGAAAUGAUCAUAACAAAAACGGGAAGGCGAAUGUUUCCAACAGUUCGGGUCAGUUUUUCGGGACCAUUGAGACAUAUGCAACCUCCCGAUCGUUAUGCUGUCCUUAUUGAUAUUGUACCUAUGGAUUCUCGGCGAUACCGUUACGCAUAUCACCGCUCCUCAUGGUUGGUUGCCGGUAAGGCCGACCCGCCACCUCCAGCACGUCUGUAUGCUCACCCAGACAGUCCUAUAAGCGUGGAUGCACUUCGAAAACAAGUGGUUUCAUUCGAAAAGGUUAAAUUAACAAACAAUGAAAUGGAUAAAAGCGGACAAAUCGUUUUAAAUUCAAUGCACCGCUACCAGCCACGAAUACACCUGGUUCGACUUAGCCACGGUCAAAGUAUUCCGAAUACGCCCAAGGACUUACUGGAGAUGGAACAUAAGACAUUUGUUUUUCCGGAGACGGUUUUUACGGCAGUUACGGCUUAUCAGAAUCAAUUAAUAACGAAACUGAAGAUAGAUUCCAAUCCAUUCGCCAAAGGCUUCCGCGAUUCCUCACGUCUCACUGAUUUUGACAGAGAUCCCAUGGACUCAUAUUUGUUUGAACAACACUUUCGAUCGCCUUUGAGAUUUUUUCCAGACCCACUAAUGCAGCAAAUGUCCGCUCAGGAUGCAGACGCUGCAUCCUUGGCCUUCUUGGAAAAGGCCCGGCAACACUUGCAGAUGUUUGGUCGGUCUCCGUACACGGAAAUGUUAUUACCUCAUCUGUAUCAACGUCCUCCGACCGCAGCGGCUUUGAAUGCUUUCAACUUGGGAAUGUGGCAACAACAGUGGCCGCAACUGACUGCCGGAUUCCUAGCAAACCAUCAGGCGGCAGCGGCACAAGCAGCAGCAAAUGCCGCUGCAGUCGCAGCUGCCGCUUCCCGUAGAAGUCCACCGCCCAUCAAUCCACCACCACCCGCAACGACACCCUCCUCCUCCGGAUCAGCUUCUCCGGAUUUGAGAACAAAAAACUUUAAUCGGUUCAGCCCCUAUACCGUUCCCCAACAGCAUCAACAACAACAACAGCAGGCUCAGCCGCCACCUCCAACAAGAAGUCCCCCGAACUGA